AUGAGUCCAGUCACUUUCCACCCAUUCCCAAACUUGCCUUACGAAAUCCGGCAGCAAAUCUGGGAAGAUGCAUGUUUCGAUUGGCGCGGUGAUCGGCUCGGGCUACACUAUAUUAAGCUGAAUGAGAACCGGCAACUUGCCCCACUGAACUGCGAAUGGAAAACGACUGGUCCAAGAAACAGGUCUGCAUAUCUAUGGCAUGCAGGUCUUUGGAUGGCUUGCAAGGAAUCUCGAGGUAUUGCUGCGAAGCAUUGGAGUGUUCAGGGUUGGACGGAUUUCCAAAAGAACACCAAGGAUAAAAGUCUCGGUGAUGUUAUCUCGUUCCGCUCGGAGCCUUUGCAUCCCGAUUACGUUCGGCAAGGGCUUAUACACAGGAAAGGCGACUACGAACCCUGGCAUCAAGUCACUGAUAUGGACAAAGAUAUAUUUUGCGUCACCGCCGAGUCAUGGGAACCACUGGUCAGGAACUGGAAACCUCUUCGUGUCGUGGCUGAGGACGAAUGGGGGCGCCAGUUUAUUGACGCUGUCACCAACAUCGCUGUUGAGUUUGACCCAUCCUGGUAUCAGACGAUCAAGAAGUUUAGUCCGGACAACCACGUUAGCGACUAUCCCCCGUCAUUGGCCUUUUUGAUCAGAUUUCUUUUUGACCAGGUCCACAACAAAGAAUACAGGAAGGUGGUUCAACUUAUCGAUAGAAACGUUUUAUGGCACGUCGAUAAUGAAGCACUGGCUCUUCUUCAUCCGAUCUACAUGGAUUGCGAUCACGAAUAUUUCGAAAUAGACUCCCAUGAACUCCAAAGGGACAGUCCACUGUCUCGUUUUCUGUCCCUGCUCGAUGAUUUGAUAGGCGACAAGUUGACCGAGAUCGAGUACAGAGAGCAUGGCUCCAGGUACAAUCUGAGCGAAUCAGAUUGGGAACAGGACGAUCGACUCCCUCCUAAAGAGCUAAUGAGAUUUGUCGUGAUGCGGGAUAACCUGCGACCGCGAGAUUUCAUUUGA